AUGCUCUCUUCUUCGCGAGAGCAGCACUUUGACCGCGUGGUCCUGGCCGUGUCCCCCGACGUCGCGGCCAGGGUCUUUUGGCCACUGGCGUCGACGCUACACGAGAUGCCGACGAAGCGUGUCGAGAGCUAUAUCCUUAGCUCCGAGCCGGGGGCCCUGUCCAUCGCGAGCGGACAAGACUCAGUGGCAGGGUGCUCGCAUCAUUGCGGCGAAGCCUGGCCGGCCCAAGUCAUUACGGUCCGCACGCAGUUCGACGGGGACGCUUCGAGAACGCAGGCUCUCCACGCCAUGCCUGGAGGAGCGCUGGUCAGCACAUGCUUGCCCGGCGACGGACUCGAAGGCGGUGUUACGGACUGCAAGCUUCACCAGAACCUUGCGCACCACCGCAAGCAGAGCCGCAGUGCAGAGCAUCAUGGGCUUGGAUAA